AUGGCGCGGGUAGACAAUGACACUGCUCUCCGCAACAUGCCCUUGGAGCCUAUAUCUUCACUGGCACCGUUCUCUGCCCUGAUCAUGUCAAUUGUGUUGAUUAUUCUUUUCUUGAUUCGUUACUACAUCUUGGAGGAUCUUCUGAUUCCUCGGAUUUAUGGACGUAUCUACACGGAAUUGAGUGAACUAAACAAACGUGGUUUCAUCAAUCACCAUAUAGCUGGGACUACCAAAAUCGUGAUCUUGAUCAUAGCGGCCUACCCAUUUAUUAGCGCGAUAUCCGGAAAGGCUACGUUGAAGUCCCCGUAUACACGUGGAAGCAUCUUCACAGUCGGUGACAUCCUGUUGGUGGCCGCCCAGAUGCUGAUCGCCAUGUACGCGUUCGAGCUCAUCUAUCGAAUAAAGCUGUCACCAAUUGCCGUGCUGCACCACAUCGGGACGAUUUUGAUCGGCCAGGCAGCCAUCGCCAUCAGCCUGAGACUGGUUCGCGAGCCCGACGCAGAUAUCGAGUUCAUUCUGUGCACGGUGUGGGGCGCUUUUGAUAUCAUUUCCGAGUUCUUCCCUCACGUCGCAAUCAUUCUCUACCGCGUUUUCCCGAACAGACAUGUCUUCCUCAAACGAGUCUUUCUCCUGUCCUGCAUCACAACGGCGACGGGAACCACGUGCGAAACGAUCGUCACCAUGUACCUCUUCGGGAGCCUUUGGUCGCGGUGGCAGAUCGCCUUCAAGGUCGUCACUCCCAUCCUUCAUGUGGCUUUUUCUGCCGCUCAGAUCCAUGGUAGCAUUGUUCUCUGGAAGAUGUAUAGAAAACAAUGCCAAUAUGUCAAAGGGUCUGUUCCGGUCGAGGGAGCCGACGCUUGA